GAACAAGUCUAGUUUUCUUAUGCUAAAAUAUCUAUAUAUGGCAUUAUAUCGAUUUGGCUUUUGAAUAAUGGACAUUUUGUUGAAUAUUUAAAGUACCUACCCAUUUGUCUAUUUUCAGUGAAUGAAAAUAGCUAUUUACAUGCCCACUUCAAUCGUAGACAAAUUCCUCAGAUAUUUUAGCAGAAAACUACCGAACAUGUUCAAUCUGUAUCAAACGAUCAACAAAAAAGAUCAAGAGGAAAAAGAACCUCAAGUGAUCGGCCACGAACGGUGGUACCAACAGAGAACCUCGCGCUCGAAAAAAAAGAAAAAACCGCCCACCCGAAGGGCGCAAAGCGCCGCCGAAUUUUCAAAUUCCACCCUCAGUGCGGCUUCGAAAAGGGCCGCUUUUCGUAAUCGCAGUCAAAGUUCGGAAAAUAAUGAUAAAAGUACCAUGCAAAAAGCUGAUUCUUUAGCCAAAAUAUUUUUUGGUUCCAAGAGACAAUCCAGUCAAAUUAAGCACGAGUACAGCGCAGUUCAAACUGAAGGUGGUACCGAGAAAUUUCGGGCAGAAAAUCGCAUUAGGAAUGGUGCCUUUUUGGCCUGCAAACGCAACUUGGACGACAAUGAAAGGUACGAGCUGACAAAUCAGCUCAAUGAUGUUGGAUAUCGUGCUGAAAAGAAUUGGUUCACCGUCCACGAUCGUUCUCUUGGAGCAGAAAGACUGCUCACCUUAGUACCGUUACCGUCCACCUGUCCAAUUACUCCUUGUCCAGAAACCAGAGAUACUUUAUUGGAACUUUUUAGAGGUCUACAACAUCCAUAUAUUCUUCCCGUCCUGGAUAUCGACUUCUGGAAAGAAGGAGCCGUCAUUGUGAGCCCCCUAAACCCCACCGGCAGUUUGAGGGAUUUGAUUUACGGUAGUUUUUGGCAGGAAGAUUGCGAUAAGAAGUAUUCGGCCAGAGGGGAAGGGUUGUCUUUGAGAACUAUCCAAUGUCUCGGCAGACAAAUCGUCGAAGCCCUAAUGUUUCUACGAAGCAAACAAUUCCCACCCAUAUACCAUCUUCAUUCUGGUAACGUCAUAAUCCAGAACGGUGUGGCCCGUUUGGCAGGCCUAGAAAACCCCUUGUUCAGCCUGCCACCAAAAUCACCUGCGGCUCCUGAAACUUUAGGCCUCGGCUAUUUGCUUUUCGAAAUGUCGGCUGGAUACCCUUUGCCUGCCCCCCCGAGUCCUGCCCAUUUAGAAUUGGAAUUGGAACGGGCCCCUAAAGUUGCCGAUGCUUUAGAAUUGAUUUUUCAAGGAACAAGGACUCCAACUUUGGAAGAACUGAUAAGAUGUGAGUUAUUUAGAGGGGUAGAGCUUAGAGAAUUGAGAGGGGCUAGUGUGGUUCAAGUGACUACGGCCCCUAAUGUUUUACAACUUUUAGAUGUAGUCACAAAUCCAUCGUUGCCAACUUCCUUGUUGAGAAGCCCGGCGCCAAAAAUCAAGAGAGUCUUAUUUUCGAAACGCGGCAAAUCGAAAGUUACUUAUUACCACAUCUAUUACGAUAAAGAAAGGAAAGUAUUUUGUAAAAAUGUUUAAUAAUUAUUAUUGUCCAUCCCUUUAAUUAUUGAUUAAUAAAAAUCUACUAUUUCUAA